CAACAGACAGACAGACAAACAGACAAACAGACAAACAAACGCUUAAGUGAAAAUAUUAUAGGACAUUCAUGGAGGUGAUAAGCCAAAGGGAAACAGCUACGUAUCACGCUGAUGGUUUUUGCUUCUCUGUCUAUUUGGUUAACGAAAAUGCCAUUAAAUUCGUCACCUCAUACUAUUUUCCUGGAUGCUGCAGCAAGAAACGAUGAGCCACCACAGUAACGGAGUCAGCGCCAUGGAGAACGGCCAUAAGAAAGAUGAGAACAACGACGUCAUGAAGGAGAACAACGACGUCAUCAUCCGUGACGUGCCCCAAGCGCUGAUGCCGGUGGUGGCGGGUCUCAUCUCUAAGCGCAAGAGCGUACCCUACUGGUAUCUGUACGACACUAGAGGGUCGGAGCUGUUUGAGGAGGUGGUGAGAACAUCAAAGACGUAUUUAAACUGGCAGAAGGAGUACAGCGUGCUCCAGAGCCACAGCGACGACAUUGUAGCCAAGACGACGUCCCCUGUCAUCCUGGUGGAGCUCGGCAGCGGCGCUUCCUCCAAAACCCGCCUGGUGAUCGAGGCGAUGCUGAAGCGCCACGGAACCCUGACGUUUGUGCCAGUGGACGUGUCCAAAGAACACAUCGAAAAGGUUGGUCAGCAGCUGGAGCAAGAUUACCAAGGGCUGACGGUGGAGCCGUUCGGAGGUCUCUACAUGGAAGGGAUCCGCCAUCUUUCCACCCGCAAGGAGUCCAAGGUCAUAUUGUUCUUGGGCAACAGUUUCAGCAACGUCCACAUCCACGAGCAGGUGGACAUGAUGAAAGAAGUCCGCGCACAGUUAACGGCCAAGGACCGUUUUCUUCUGGCGCUGGACAUGAACCUGGAUCGGGAGUCCCUGUUGGAGGCGUACGGUCAACAGUGGGUGGUAUUUCAGAAGGACAAUCCCAUCGGUCGCCUGAACAAGGACUUCGAUGGAGACAUGGAUGCGGCCAAGUUUGAACUCGUCACCGACUUUAUUGAGAACCCCGCAGACGGAGAUACUCCGAGCUACGUCGCGGGAUACUGGAGGAGCCUAGCUGCACAGCACGUCAACUUCCGCAAACUCGGCCUCAACCUCGACUGUCAGAAGGGACAGAAGAUUUUCUACAACGAAGGGCCGAACUGGAGCUGCAAGUGGACCCUGCACCAGAUACGCCGCCUGGCGGAGAAGAGCGGCUUUGCAGUGGAGGACUACUGGACCACGGAAGCAGAAGAUUAUUGCGUGGUGUGCUUCGCACCGGUGUCUUAGAGCGGAUACCCGUGUAAUGAUGGGAUAUUUGUCUUCGUUUAAACAGGGCAUUGUUGUCAGUCGGUGGUUUUGUUUAACUCGGUGUGCCUCAACAGUUACAUGAAUAUAGCAGAAUGGCAAUGUGUAAGGCAGAAAUGUAAUAAGAUACAGAAGAAGCCAGUUAAUUGCACACCCCAUUUGCCAGCGUAUCUCGUGCAAUUAUCCGGAUGGUGCAAUAAAGCGGAGUUAUCCAGCUGGGAUUCCGUGCAAUUAACAGUGUAAGUGUUGUGCAAUUAGCUGGCUUCUACUGUACUUGGAUAGCUGGAUGUAUGAUUUGGCUCGUGUCUAAGGGCGCUAAGUACAUGUAGCUGAGACUCAGGAAUUUCUUAAUGUUAAGUAAAGCAUGUUUCAUGUUUUGGAGGCAUGGGGAUAGUUGCAUCACAUUGAUGCUGUCAAUAAGCAAGUGGGUGAUUUUUACCCGUGGCCAGUACUGAGAUGAAUGUUCCUGUUUUUCUACGUGUGCGGAGUUUAUGUUUUCGGUGAGUCUGACCUGUAUCCUUAGUUAUUUGAAUACAAUUGGUUGGUAUGAAGUGAGUGGGAAAAUGAUUUAAAUAUGUUUACAUAUAUAUAAUGGGCGCAAACGAGGACAUUGCGAACAGUAACAACAUCAUAUCUAACCCAAACUUAGCAAACACCCAAAGGUCAUAUUUGAGUGGCAGGGAAAUACUAGCUUCAGAGUUGAUAGAAAAAGCCAUUAAUCAGAAAUGACAGACAGUCAGUGGAAGGGGGAAAUAUCGCUUACACAUAAAGAUGUUCUUUUGUAGAGUUCUCGCAUUUUUCACGCGAGGACUGGCAGGUUCCGCCACCGCAAUUGAUUGAUUAUAUCUUCAG